GCAUGUUUAGUGACGUCAUCGCACUUGUCAGGCCCAUCCCAGAAAUAAUGCGAAGAAAAAUCGACGCCAACUGAAGCGACUAUAUUGAAAUUGAAAAAGUUAAAAUGCCAUUAUUUGAUGGUCUGGGCAGUGGAGCAGAAAAAACCGCCAUCGUUAUUGAUCUGGGAGCGGCGUACACAAAAUGUGGCUUUGCAGGGGAAACGGGGCCCAGGUUCAUCAUUCCGAGCGAGAUCCGCAAGCGGGGACAGCAGCAAGCAACCAAAGUGGUUCAGUACAAUAUAAACACAGAAGAGCUCUAUGUCAUCCUAAAAGAGUUUAUCCACACUCUGUACUUCAGACAUCUGCUGGUGAACCCUCGCGACAGAAGGGUGGUCAUUAUCGAGUCCAUCCUCUGCCCAUCUCACUUCAGAGAGACACUCACCAAGGUUUUCUUCAAACAGUUUGAGGUGCCCUCUGUGCUGUUUGCACCGAGUCACCUCAUGGCCAUCAUGACAUUAGGCAUCAACUCGGCCCUCGUGAUGGACUGUGGCCACACUGAGACGCUGGUGCUGCCUGUGUAUGAGUGCACUCCGAUUCUGCCGGCUUGGGAGGCAUUGCCUUUGGGCGGAAAAGCCAUUCACAAGGAAUUAGAUGUUCUUCUUGUGGAACAGUGCACCGUGGACACAGACACCAGCACUGGGGAAAGUGUACCCUCCAUCAUUGGCACUAUUCCAGAAGAGACAGUGGAAGACAUAAAAGUGAGGACAUGUUUUGUCAGCGACUUACAGAGAGGCCUCAAGCUCCAGGCGGCCAAGUUCAACAUGGAUGGUUCCGCCGAGCGUCCGGCUCCACCACCAGAUGUUGACUAUCCUCUGGAUGGCGAGAAAAUCCUGCAUAUCAAAGGAUCAAUCAGGGACUCUCUGAUGGAGAUUAUGUUUGAGCAGGAUAACGAAGAGAAGAGCGUGGCCUCACUGAUACUUGACGCCCUGGUUAAGUGCCCCAUUGACACACGCAAAGUGCUGUCGGAGAACCUGGUGGUGAUCGGUGGCACGGCCAUGCUGCCAGGCUUCCUACACCGGCUGCUGGCCGAGAUUCGCCUGCUGGUGGAGAAACCCAAGUACCGCGACGUGCUGGCCAGCAAGAACUUCCGCAUGCACUUGCCGCCCGCCAAGCCCAACUGCACCGCCUGGGUCGGAGGCGCCAUCUUUGGUGCACUACAGGACAUCUUGGGGAGCAGGUCAGUGUCCCGUGAUUACUACAACCAGACGGGCCGCAUACCAGACUGGUGCUGCCUGAGCACGCCGCUGCCCGAGUCGUUGUACGAAGCCGGCAAGACGCCGCCUCCGCUCAUGAAACGAGCCUUCUCCACAGAGAAGUAGAACACAUACGCUGCUGCAACAUUGUCCUCCCUUGUAGAACCGCAACCCAAGCAUCUUGUAACAGUUUCAUCCUGCUCAUGUGUUAAGGUACACAUCUGCUUCGUAUUUCUGGUCCAACCAAAAUGACACCGUGUUAAAAAAAGCAUGACGCUUUACUGUUUUAACAGGGGUGAAAGAAGGUUAUAUUUAUUUAAUAUUGGCACAGAUGGUGUCUGUCAAAGUCUUCAAAUAAAGGUCUCCUGCACAUA